CGUCUUCAGCUAGCGUCUGAUGUCAGGUUAUUUUCCUGUUGUCAACGCACUCGCUCGCAGGCACCAACACCAAACGUGGGUAGUAAGAAUAGCUUGUGAAAAAUCCAUUAAAUUCAGGGUAACUGCUUCAACCAACAGCUCAACCCCCGGAACGCGUCGUCGUUCUUUGAUUCACGGAGGCAGCAGAGAAGUGAAAAAGUGUGAGCAAAAAAAAAUUAAAGGUGACUAAUACCCGGAGGAUACAAAAUAUAAGACCGAAUCGGGUUGUGGAAUAACAAAAAAUCGUGCCGUGGAGUUUAUUUUCUUGAAGAAAAUCGCCAUAUUGAAAACGCCAUUCUGGGACCGUGUGCUUGUGUGUGUGCGUGUGUGUGUGUAUCCGACGCGCCCGAAAUUGCGCUUCCGAUUAGAAGUUUGAAGCAGAGCACCAGCAGUGCAGCGAACCGCAGAAAUGAAUGCAGGCCUGAGCAAAAUACACUUUGUCAACACGACGGGUGUUUCGUUGAACGAUCGGUUCACAUCGAUGACCAAGACGCAUCUCGGGUUCGGAGCGGUAGUACCGACGAUGAUGGAAGCUCCCAUUCCCCGACCAACUUCGGUUGCCAUGGCAGACAACAGCAACCGUCGACUGAUUGAUCAGUGGGACCGUUUGCAUGCCCUGCACGCGCUGGCAACUAAGACCAGUCCAAGUAACAUUCGCCCGGCUCGACAGCGGCUGCAGCGUAAUACGUUGGCUCAACAGAUGAAGCGUACCAUGACCAGACUGCCCGGAGGCGUACGUCGUUUGCAGCGAUCAAACAGCUUUACCGAUAUCGCAACGAUGAACGCCGAUCGCGUCGAACUGUUGCAGAGAGUACGUGGCCGCACUCCCACGAUCUCUUCCCGGUUGGGAGCUUCCCGCGUCGUACCUCGCGGCCGCAGCAUGCAACGUGGACGUAGCGCUUCGCGCUCUCGCAGCACAUCCCGAGGGCGCCAGCCAUCGCUGACCCGUUCGAACUCGCAGACGAACCUGCAGCGUGCCGGAUCUCGCACGAACCUGAGCCGUGCCGGAUCGCGUACCAACUUGAGCCGUGCCGGAUCCCGUACCAACUUGACCCGCGCCGGAAGCCGCAACGGACUGAACACAGUUCGUAAAACCAUCGCACCGAAUGAUGCCCGUCGACGCAUUAACCGCAACAAUCUGAUUGCUAAUCGGCUGGGCACCGUCAACGGAGCGGCGGCCGUCACACGCGGUCGCAGCCGUAGCCGAAGCCGUGUCCGUGGAGCAGCAGCAGCAGCAGCAGCAGCAACAGCUAGUACAGUGGCGGCAAACGCUGCUGCAGCCAAUGGGCGUGCACGGUCGCGAUCCCGCAAGCGUGCCGGGUCUAGAACGCGCGCCGCAAGCGUCAACAGUCGGCUCGGUGCGAACCGUACGAACGAGCUUGCUGGCCGAGCCAAUGGAGGCCGUGUGACGAAGCGAAGCCGCAGCAUCCGCCGUGGUGCGGUGAAUGCAUCAAUCGUCGGUGCACGCCCGGGACGCCAGCUGAAGAGAGAAGCACCCAAACGGAAGGGAGCGAAGGGAGGUGGUAGCAAAGCAGCUGCUCGAGUCGCAAACAAUGGCGGAGGCGCUAAUGGUGCAGCACCCGGAGCUGGUGCCGGCGCAUCCGGAAGACGCGGACGAUCCCGAUCACGACGGGAAAACUCGCGCGUUCGUGGACGCAGUGCUUCAAAGAACCGUACCGGACUCGCAAAGCAACAGCCCAAGAGCCGCGAAGAGCUGGACAGCGAACUGGAUCAGUACAUGGCAAACACAAAGUCAUCGCUGGAUAAGGAAAUGGACCAGUACAUGAAUGGGUUCGGUUCGGCGCGCAUCUGAAGCAGUUUCCCCGGAUCGAUCUGCCAUACACCCGUAGCAUGAUGCACAACCACAACCAGCAAGGCGUUUUAAGUUUAAAACCAACCACUAACUACUAGACUGUAGUAGGAAUAGGAUUGUCCUAUAAAGCAUACCUACAUGAUUGGUAUCAGACUCGUAUCAUAAGCGAAGGAACACACGAUCGUGUAAACAAAUGUUCAAUCUUUUACCAGGCGUGAGAUGGUAUCGUGUGACCUACAGUAUAAGUUUGAAAUUAGGGUUUAGUUAACUAUUAUACCAGUAACAACAAAACAUUACGUAUAAAACAUUAUAUCUUGUACAAAGGAUUCUCACCUAGUUGUUAACAUUACAUGAAUAAAGAGCAGGCGGAAAAGUGAAUUAUAAUUUACUUUUAGUAAAAACAUGUAA